AAACCGUCAUCGCUCCUGCAGAUUCGUGCAGGAAACAGUGUGGAGACGCGCUUGCGAUGGCUAAUUAAGGGCCUGCGUUUCAUCAACGGCCGUCAGCCGAUGCUGCUAUCCCCUCCUGGGAGCCAACCCGCCUUGUGACGCACUACCGUAUCGGCGAAGCUCCCGCCACCAACGAGCCCCGUCCGCCACGCCGCGCCGCCUGAUCGCCUGCAAUUCCGCACAAGGAGCGCUGCGGCAUCCGCUAUACUAUACGGCCUGCAAAAGGGAGAACGCGCAGCUCGCCGCCAGUGCACAGCUUGAAAGAGCAGGAGCGACCCCGCCAUCAUCUCCACGCUGGGCAGCGGCGGCCCUGGCACCCAGCUCCCAGCACCCACGCCAGCUGGGUAUGCGCCGCGCCCAACACCUGCGCACCACCGUCCUCCCCACGCACCGCUGCUGAGCUCCUCGCACGCCGCCGGAAAUGGAGCAGAGCCGUGGCAGCAACCGGCGAUUGAACAGUCUCCAGACACAGGAACGCCUGCAGCGGAGGGGCUCCGGCUCAGCUCGCGGCAAGCGCCCCGUCUCCGCCCAAGAUGCAUACCUCUAUGCCCUCCGCGCCGCCUACCUCGCCUACCUCUUGCAGCCGCGCCAGAAGCGAGUCCAGCAUGUGCCCGCCCCGGCGCGCCAGGUGCAGCGCUCCUCGACCUCCGUGAACGACCUCAUGAAGGACUUCUCCCUGAUAAGGGACUCCAAGAGCACACGCUUCCCUCAUGGCUUCAUGGGCGAGCUGGACAAGCGGAUAACGGGCGUGCUGAUGGGCAGGGAGAAGAUGCCCGAGUACAAGGACGCUACGGUGAAGCGGACGUUCGCCGUGUUUUUGAACGAGUUCAAAGCACCGCAGUUUAGAAAGUCUAUGGAGAAAGAUAGGAGAGUGGAAGACCUGCUGCUGAUCUUCUUCUCGAAUGCCACAAAGGAGCUGCAGAAAGGGAAGCCACCCGGUGACGACAGCUGGAAGCUCAUGGUAGAUCGCCAUGUCGCUCUCUUUAUCCGGCUCAUCAGCUCGACGCUGAAGGAUCACGAUUGGGCGCGGGACAGGCCGGAGCUGAGCUCGCGGCUGCAGACCAUGGAGAAGAAGCUACUGGUGCACGACCAGGACUUGGCUGCCGAGAACCAGCGCAACGGCGGGCAAGGCGGGUCUACAAUCGAGGUUGAGGUCCCUCGCAGCUACGAAGUCAAGGAUAUGCCGCUGGUUUUGGUUGUCUCUCGAGUCUUUGCAGUUUCCUAUUCGGACGUUCAGGCCGACAUCAACAGAUACAAGUCAGUGUGGACGGAGAAGGCCGCGUUACAGGACCUCAAGACCUACCAGGCCCAUCUGAGUCUCAUGACCAAGAAGACCUUGAACAGCGAUGACUUUGAUCUGGAUGACGCAUACCAGGCCUGGAAGCAUCAAGAGAUCCACGACCUCUCUCAGAUGAUUCUCGCCAUCGUACAGUCCAACCCAGAGCUAGCCAAGAGCACACCUGGCGGGUCGGUGCCCCAGUUCAAGCCAAGUGCGCCGCACGAAUCCGGGUACCAUGACCCGAUGAGAAAGCAGUCGAACCAGUCUGAGAAUGGAAGCUCAUAUGUCAUCGACCAGCCGGUGGAUAUGAGCAGCCUCAACAUUAGUGACGACUCUGGGGAUGACGAUGCGGGUUAUACCUUUAUUCCACCAGAUCCGCGCAGUUAUUACCGCGCGGUGCUCAAAGAAGCACUAACCUACGAUCUCGCGGAUAGCGAACUUCAGCCUUCUGAAGCCACGAGCGAAGUACCGUCCCUAAAGCUGCUGUCAAAACAGUCUGCCGAAUUGCUGAACGAGAUCGCAUUAAGAUGGAGGAUACCUCAAUUCUCUAGGCUUGUGCUGUUCCUCGACGUGAUUAAAGAGAAAUACCAGGAACAGGAGAUCAGCUUGGAUACGCUUGACGCAGCGUUCAACUACGUCAAAGAGCCACCACCAACCGACAAGAAAUCUCACAGACUGAGCCAGGUGCAGAUAUCCGACUCGCUUUUCGAUCGGUCGAAAUGGACGGUCCACGACUAUGCGCUCAAUCAGCACAUCUUAAGCGCAUUACACGGGUGUCUCCUACGGGAGCUGUUCGAGCUGAUGCUCCUGGUGUACGAUUCAAAAGCGCCUCCGCUCGGUCCCCUCAUGUACGUGCUGAACAAUCACAUCUACGACGAUCCGUUGUUCUCGGCUACGCCCGAGGAGCUGGACCAAUUUUCUGAGCAAUUGCGACAAGCGCUUCGGGCAAGAGCCGCCGACGUAUACCGCGAGCUACUCGCGAAACACAUCCCAGAGACUAAAGAAGAAUGGGAGUUCUAUCAUGUCAUUGAGCUUGGACGAGCGGUUGUGAAGCUAUGCGAUAGGAUUCAAAAGCGAUACCGCAAGAAUCCCGAUAUCAUGGGCGUCAGUCCGAUGAUGUGUCUCGUCGAAGAGAUGUUUCCAGCCUAUGCCGCAGAUGCGAGAGACUUAGUAGCUCGUAUAAUGGAUGUGGCCCACAGUAAGGGUGAAGAGGUUCCAGUUCAGGACGGCUUCGACCUGUACAAGGAGCUUGUCGAGAUCCGUGAGAUACACGGAAAGGCACUGCCCAAUCGCCGUUUCGGUUUCCAUAUUGAGGGAAUGCUACAGGAUUUCGUGUGGAGAUGGAUUGAGAUGACCGACGCAAACUUGAUCGGCUGGGUGGAGAACGCGUUCAAGGCGGAUCAAUUCCAGAUCCAGUCUCCGAAUCAGAUCCCAGCGGAUGAUGAGCGCCACAGCAUCUCCGUCGUGGACAUCUUCCGGUCCUUCAACCAGAGUAUCGAGCAAAUCGUGUCACUAAAUUGGGACGAUGAUCUACAGUAUGCUAGGUUCAUGACUGCUGUGUCAAAGUCAGUAGGUCUCGGAUUGGCGAGAUAUUGCGAACUUGUCGAACAAAAGUUCACCAAAGAAAUGGACCGCAUGACGCCUGAGCAGGAGGCUGCUACUCGCCAGACAAAACAGGAGAAGUGGAUUUCCAUGGCCAAGGAUCUCUAUUCCCAAAAGGAGAAGAUGGAGCCUUUCAAUUUCUAUCCAGAGUCGUUGGUCAAACUCAACAACAUCGAAUAUGCCAUGCUCCAGCUAGACAAGCUCGAGCGCGACAUUAACGUCGAUGCCUGCGCAGAGGUCAUUCAGAAGAACGCACCGCCGCCGACGCAACGCAUUCGGAAUAACAAUUACGUCUUUACCAUCAAGAUCAUCGAAGCUGAGGACCUCAAAGCAUGCGAUAUCAACGGCCUCAGCGAUCCCUACGUUGUCCUUGGCGAUGAGUACCAGAAACGUCUUGCGAAAACCCGCGUUAUUUACGGGAGCCUUAAUCCUCGAUGGGACGAGACGAUCGAUAUUACCACCAAUGGACCCCUCAACAUCAUUGCUACCAUUUGGGAUUGGGAUACCCUGGGUGACCACGAUUGCGUCGGUCGUACCUCGCUGAAGCUCGACCCUUCUCAUUUUCGAGAUUUCAUGCCGCGCGAGUAUUGGCUCGAUCUCGAUACGCAAGGCCGGUUGUUGUUGCGUGUGAGCAUGGAGGGUGAGCGAGACGACAUCCAGUUUUACUUUGGCAAAGCAUUCAGGACGCUUAAGAGGACUGAACGUGACAUGACACGGAAGAUCACAGACAAGCUCUCGGCCUUCAUUAACCACUCCCUCUCUCGCCGAGCUCUUAAAGCUCUGCUCAACCGUGGCAUAACAGUUUCUGCCGUGACCAGCUACUUCCGCUCCACCCGUCCACAGUCCGUAGCGCACGGGCCUACACCGCAAGACAUCACAAAAGCGCUCGAGCCGCUCUUCGACUAUUUCAACGAGAACUUCGCUAUCAUGAAGCAGACACUCACCGACUCUGCCAUGAUCAUGGUCAUGACCAGGCUCUGGAAGGAAGUCCUCGUCACGAUUGAGUCUCUGCUUGUUCCUCCAUUGAGUGACAAGCUUAGUCAGCAGCGACCGUUGACACGGCAAGAGGUCGAUAUCGUGUUCAAAUGGUUGCAGUUACUGUUCGAAUUUUUCCAUGCCGCGGACGAAGAAGGUAACUCGGACGGAGUUCCUAUCGAUAUUCUCAAGUCACCGAAGUAUCACGAACUCCAGAAUCUCAACUUCUUUUACUUUGAAUCGACGGAGGAUCUCAUCCGCACGUCCGAAUCCAUGGCCGCCGCCAAUGCCAUGCGCCAGCAAGAGCAAGCUGCACGCUUGAACCGCUUGUCAGCUCCAGCGUCGAUAGGCCACCAGUUUGGCGGCGCAGCAGGCCUGGUCGGGAUGCCGUCACGGAAACACAAGACGAUCAUGCUGUCACGGAACUUAGGUACUAUGAAGAAGGCGAAGGAAGAGAAGAGGAAAGAGGCGCAAGCUGACCCGAAUGAUGAUAUGAUUUUGCGGAUUCUGAGAAUGAGGCCCGAAGCAGAGAGGUACUUGAAAGAUCGGAGCAGACAGAAGGAGCGACUAGCAGCUGCGCAGGCCGCGGAGAUGAUUGUGAAGCAGAGUCUGAUGGCCGGCGGUGGACGGAUGACCGGGACAGGUUUGGGUAUGGGACCAAGACGAUGAAUGGGCGACAUGGUUUGAUCUCGCUUCUCUUUACGACAAGAUACCUCUGCAUCAUCGCCAUGAUGUUACAUUGUUUCAGCGGGUUUCGUCGCAGUCAUACCCUGGAUGGCUUAUGGAGGAUCAUGUUACGGGUAAUACUGGCGUAUCUGGCGUUCAUUGAUAAGGUGUCGGGUGGGACGCGUGGGAAUGAGGC